AUGGAGCAGGGAGCUUUUGCUUUUCGGCUGCUGUCCUCACUCUCACUGGCAAGUCUGUCUACCCUGUCCCUGAGUCACUCCUUCCCUGGAGUUAGAACCAACUUCUUCAGGAUUCUACCGUGGACUGAAAUGGCCGCUCUCUAGCGCUUCUCUGAGACUCCAGCACCAGACUGGGACAGCUGAGACAUCCAGUCUUGCGGACUGAACAACUACCAGAUCCUUUCCAUGGGAGACAGCCACUGCUGGACUACUUAGAACACAGGCCAAAGCUGCUGAGUCCACGGAAGGAUCGGACUUUGUCUUGAUUCAUUCACUUGAUGUCAUGACCAGUCAUUUUCACCACACCACGUGGGAGAGGGGAAAAGCAGAAUCCUCUGGCCUCCCUGUGGUGACCCAAACUGCUGACUGAUCUUUGUUCCUGCCCCCCUCCCUUGUCUGGGUCCUAGAGACCAACCAGGUCGGCUCCAGACUCAAGCCUCCGGCUCAGCUCCAAGCUCCCCAUGGCGGCGACACUGAGCCUGGAGCCCGCGGGCCGCAGCUGCUGGGACGAGCCCCUGAGCAUCUCCGUGCGCGGCCUGGCCCCCGAGCAGCCCGUCACGCUGCGCGCCGCCCUGCGCGACGAGAAAGGCGCGCUCUUCCGCGCCCACGCGCGCUACCGAGCCGACCCCCACGGCGAGCUCGACCUGGCGCACGCACCCGCGCUGGGCGGCAGCUUCGCGGGGCUCGAGCCCAUGGGGCUGCUCUGGGCCAUGGAGCCCGACCGGCCUUUCUGGCGCCUGAUCAAGCGCGACGUGCAGACGCCCUUCGUGGUGGAGCUGGAGGUGCUGGACGGCCACGAGCCCGACGGGGGGCGGCUGCUGGCGCGGGCGGUGCACGAGCGUCACUUCAUGGCUCCCGGGGUGCGGCGCGUGCCCGUGCGCGAGGGCCGUGUGCGCGCCACGCUCUUCCUGCCUCCAGGAGAAGGACCCUUUCCAGGGAUUAUCGAUGUCUACGGUGUUGGCGGGGGCCUGUUGGAAUACCGAGCCAGCCUUAUGGCUAGCCAUGGAUUUGCUACACUGGCUCUAGCUUUUUAUGACUUUGAAGAUCUCCCUAAGGAUUUCACCAUCAUGGAAGUGGACUAUUUCGAGGAAGCAGUGUGCUACAUGCUCCAACACCCCAAGGUAAAGGGCCCAGACAUUGGGCUUCUGGGUCUUUCUCUGGGAGCUGAUAUUUGCCUCACCAUGGCUUCAUUCUUGAAGAAUGUCUCAGCCACAGUUUCCAUCAAUGGCUCUGCAUUCAGCGGAAACAGACACAUACUCUACCAGCAGACCGUGAUUCCACCGCUGGGCCAUGACCUGAGGAGAGUGAAGGUGGCUUUCUCUGGCAUUCUGGACAUUGUGGAUAUACGGAACGAUCCUGUGGGCGGCUGUGAGAACCCCAGUAUGAUCCCGAUAGAGCAGGCCAAGGGGCCCAUCCUCUUCAUCGCUGGGCAGGACGAUCAUUGCUGGAGGAGCGAGCUGUAUGCUCAGAUAGCCUUGCAACGGCUGCAGGCUCGUGGAAAGGAGAGGCCGCAGGUAAUCUCCUACCCUGGGGCUGGCCAUUAUAUUGAGCCUCCUUACUUCCCCAUGUGCCCAGCUUCUCUGCACAAAAUAGUGAACAGAGCUGUUCACUGGGGAGGGGAGGUCAGGGCUCACUCCAGAGCCCAGAUAGAUACGUGGAAGCAGAUUCUGGCCUUCUUUGGCAGACACCUGGAGAGUACCCAGAGCAGAGCUUCCUCUAGAUUGUAGUGCGUUUGUCUGUUAGUGGACAUGGUAGGUUCAAGGUCACACUUUGAUGUUCAGUAACUUCAUGUGAACCAGUUUUCUGACGGGUAACAUUAAAUUCAUGUUUGGGGCAUUCAUGGUUUAUAGGUCACUUUACUGAAGAAGUUUUUAGUCAAUGCAGUAUUUUGCUAACAUAACAUGUGCUUGUGAAAGAUUCAGAUGCAUGUGAUACAGUGAAUAAAGUUUUCAAAAAGCAACCCCUUAUUAAAAUGUAUGCUUU